UCUGUGCCUGCAUAUCCUGCAAAGCAGUUAAGAGCUGACGCGCAGAUCUUAAGUCAGUUUUUUUUUUUUAGACUUUUGCAGAAUAAUCUGUGAGUGAAAACUACAGAGAUGCCAACUGCUGGAAAGGUAAUCAAGUGCAAAGCAGCUAUUGCCUGGGAGGCUAGCAAACCUCUUGUAGUUGAGGAAAUUGAGGUUGCUCCACCAAAGGCUCAUGAAAUCCGUAUCAAGAUUUGUGCAAGUGGCAUUUGUCACACCGAUGACCAUGCCCUGGGAGCGCAUAUGGCUGGCAUGAAAUUUCCAGUCAUCUUGGGACAUGAAGGAGCUGGCAUUGUUGAGAGCGUUGGUGAAGGAGUGACAUGUGUGAAGCCUGGAGACCAUGUCAUCCCACUUUGUAGUCCAAUGUGCAUGGAGUGUAAAGCCUGUAUGCACCCUGAGAGCAACUUCUGCAUCAAGAAUGAUGUUGGCAAGAAUGUUGGACUUAUGCUUGACAAAACCACCAGAUUUACAUGCAAAGGGAAAAUGAUCCACAACUUUAUGUCCUCAAGCACCUUCACAGAAUACACUGUGGUGGAUGAGUUUGCCAUUGUCAAAAUUGAUCCAAAGGCUCCCAUGGACCAUGUGUGCCUUAUUGGCUGUGGAUUUUCCACUGGUUAUGGAACUGCAGUGAACACAGCCAAAGUAAAACCUGGUAGCACAUGUGCUGUGUUUGGCUUGGGUGGAAUUGGAAUGUCUGCAGUAAUGGGAUGCAAGGUGUCUGGAGCUUCACGGAUCAUUGGCAUAGACAUCAACAAGCGCAAGUUUGCCAAAGCUAAAGAAUUUGGUUGUACAGAUUGCUUGGAUCCAAAUGAUUAUGACAAGCCCAUCCAUGAUGUUAUUGUGGAGAUGACUGAUGGAGGAGUGGACUAUUCCUUUGAAUGUAUUGGAAAUACUGAUGUCAUGGUCUCUACUAUCCUGGCUAGCCACGGUGCUUAUGGAAGUGUAAAUAUUAUUGGUGUCCCCGAUCAACAUGCAAGAUUGAUUGUGGAUCCCAUGUGGCUGCUGACAGGACGCUCAAUAAGCGGAGCUUUCUUAGGAGACUAUAAAGCAAAAGAAUCUUUCCCUGGCUUAGUAAAGGAUGCCAUGAGUAAGAAAUUCAACCUUGGUGGUUUGGUGACCCACAAAGUGUCUUUGGAAAAUAUCAAUAAAGGUUUUGAGUAUAUGCGCACUGGACAAUGUAUUCGUUCAGUUGUUGAGAUUGCAAAGCCUUGAAGAAUGCUAGUAUUCAAGAGAAUCCUUUAUAUUCAUUUGAUAUACAAUGGGUGUACUUUGUGUUUAUCCAGUUAAUCAUUAAAGCUGCAAAUAUAUUUCAUUUUGUUGCUUUCCUGCCUAUUUGAUAAAUAUCUUAAAUUUCUACUAAUCAGGCUUUUUAAAAACCAUUUGC